CCUGCGUCAGUGCUACAGGGGAAGCUCCAACCAACCCAGCUCUAUGCGCACACUGUCGUCGCUGCUGGGUUCCCUAAGUAGGUUCAAGUUUCGACGCCACAAUCGGUGAAGACACAGUUUAAACAUCAACGGCAUCUUCCUCCGCUCAACCAUCCGCCUGUCGACACGUAGGCGGCUCUGCUGUCUACUUACCUACGUAAUUACCCCCGAUCAACACCACACCGUCUCGCAGAUUCGACUCGUCCGAGUCUUCUAUCCGCCCCUCCUUCCUUUCUCCGCGCGUGGUGUCAUAGCUGAGCUCUCCCUCCUUGUCUUGACCGCCAACUUGGCUUCCAACAUUGGACGCAAUUCUCGCCUUAAACGCAAACGAUGUCGCAGUACUACGGAGCACCUCCUGCAAAUCAGUACGGUGGUGGCAGUGCUCCCGCUCAAAACCUACAGUUUUAUCCGUCAACAUACUCUCCCGGCGUGCCACAAGGGGGCGCACAACCAUACGGAUACGGCGCGCCACCACCGGGCCCGGGCAACUAUGGAGGGUUUGGCGGCGCACCGAGUGUGAGCGGGCGCAUGGGUGAGCAGGGUGGGCUACGGACGGGCUGGAUCGCUGCUUUUUCGACAGAAGGUUACGAUGGCGAGCCGCCGUUAUUAGAAGAGUUAGGCGUCAACUGGGGGCACAUUCAAAUGAAGACCUUCGCCGUUCUUAACCCUUUUGCGCGCAUCGACCAGCAUAUUAUGGACGAUUCUGACCUCGCCGGUCCUAUUCUUUUUUUCCUCCUUUUCGGCACUUUCUUGCUUCUUAGCGGAAAAGUACAUUUUGGUUAUAUUUAUGGUCUCGCAUUGCUAGGGUCUAUCUCUCUGCACACCAUUCUGUCGUUAAUGUCUCCCGAUGGUCCGGUUCAGUCAUCAGGUUCGGCAUAUGCGCCAGGGGCGGGGUAUCCCGGUGACCCGGCUGCUGGCGGCCAUGAUGAUCCAAAAGGUCAUCUCAGCAGCACCUUGACAUUCGUAAGAAGCGCAAGUGUACUCGGAUAUUGCCUUCUGCCACUUGUCUUAGUCAGCUUGGUAGGUAUUGUAAUGCCCAUGGAUAGUCCGUUUGGGUAUAUCUUAACGACUGCCGCCAUUAUGUGGUGCACAACCAGCGCCAGUGGUCUAUUUUGCGCGGUAGGAAGAAUGAGGCAAAUGAGGUUGCUAGUAGCCUACCCUUUGGCGCUCUUCUACGUUGGAUUUGGCAUAAUGAGCAUCUUCAGCAGUCGAGGAUCAGGGAGCUUAGCCAAGGCUGCGAAUCUGUCGUGACAGAGCGACCUCUUCUCAUUGGUACAAUACUAUGGCAUUUGGUCUCGCCUCGGUAUGAUGACCUACCCUUGUACUAUGUAAAUGAUAUUGUUGGCAUUGUGGAGUUCAAAAUAUAUGGGGAGGAAUUCUAACAUCGGGACGGUCAUGGUGGGCAUUACGGCAUAUGAUUGUUUCUGGGGAGCCUGCGCUUUAAGGGCAUUUGAUGCUAAUAAAUCCGAUAAGCAUAGUCUAUGGUGACAUGAAAGAAGUUUUCAAUAUUUGCUAUAACAAUUCGGGGUGCAAUGUGUGCUGAAUCAAGCGCAUGAGUUUUACAGAGCACGGCCAAACCCCCUGACCACUUAAGCAUGAAUUCAUAAUCAAAAUCAAUGAUGAAUUACCUCGAGAUUUUGUUGCAACUGUAAGAACUUCAAAUAAAAU